GGUUCAAAUUUUUUUUCUGUACUAUUUUGGACAACUUCAACUUUUUGGAGCGGAAUUGAUCAAAGGGACAUAAUGGACAGAAGUACACACAGUAUUUUAACAGCAUGGCAAUAUAAUAUAUAUCCAAGUUUUUCCUUUAUCAUUAUCAGAUCACGGCAGCUGUUGCGCCACCCUCAUAGAACCAAUCAAGCUCCCUUUUCCUAACCAAGAAAAUGCCUCUUAAAACAAUGCCAGUGAUCUAUAGACUGUGAGAGAGUACUAACAGAGACUACAAAGUUGCAUCAGGCAGUAAAUUAGUCACCUUGUCAGGGUGAGCCUGGCUGUACACAAGGGCUAGGGUGCUUCCCCAUGAACCGCCAAACACCUACAUCAUCCUCAUAACCAGUGUAUUUAUUUACUGAAAGUCAUAGUAAAGCAAACAAUUUUCUGAGGAAAUUAUAGUUGCUCCAUUUCGAGAAUAUAACCAGACAUGGGAUUUGAGACUUCAUACCGGCAACAAGAUAGCGACCUCGCUGAAACUGUUAGCGCAAGAAAUCUCCAUCAAAUCGCCAACCUUGAAUCGAGCCCCACGCCUUUCCUUUCUCGGCUAGAAUCCUAUAACUGAAAGCUCUGUUCAUGAAUGUCAAGAUACCUACCUUAGAAGGGCCAAAUGCAUUCACAUGCCUUCUUUCCCUGAUGAUUUGUCAUUAGCACUGAUAAGGUGCAUGAUGAUUCAUUACUUCCACCAGCCAGUGGGUUAUACUUAUACAGCUGCAAGGGUUCAAACGUCCGUGCGAGGCUAGUGGAUCUGAAGAGUGCAGCACCCAAGAAAUGCAUGCAAUUUUCAGAUGAUCUGUCUCCACAGGUGGGCGGCUGGGUGCUCCAGGUGUCCAUAAUUUUUGCUGUCAGGAUCUUAGUGUUGAAAUAACCUCACAAGCCAAACUGGGUCAGUUGGAUGUAACGGCAGACAUAAUGUUUCAAGCACAUUUAUCUUGACUCCCAUGCCAAGAGAAUCUUCUGCUGCCACCCUCCAAACAUCUGUGCCAACUUACCUAAUCAACCAGAAGCAACCUGAGCUAAGAAGAUCCAAGGAUCCCCAACCCAACUUGGCGCCUAUAAAUAAUCCUCACGGUGCACUACUUGAUCCCAUCAGUUUCUGCACCAACAGCACAUCACAUACUAAGAAGGCAUUCUCCUUCUUGCACAAAUGGCCUCCAUUGUGCCCCUCUUCUCUCUGCUGUCAUUGUUCUUGUGUUGUGUUCUUGCCAAGGGAGGCAUGAAAGUGGCCCCUUCGGCGAAUGGGGCUGACCAUAGAGGCCGGUCUCUACAGUCAAAUCAUGUUUUCAGUGUGCUCGGAUAUGGGGCUUACGGCGAUGGACGCCAUGACGACACAAAGAUGACGAGUUGUACCAAAUUCCAGAUUGAAGGUACUUUGGUAGCCCCUCCGAAGAGAUCAUACUGGAUAGAGGAUACCAUUAGGCACUGGAUUUUGUUCAGAUCUGUGAGAGGUCUUACCGUCACCGGUGGCGGGACCAUUGAUGGAAAUGGAAAGAUUUGGUGGCAGGAUUCCUGCAAAAUAAACUCAAAACUCCCAUGCAGGCAAGCUCCAACGGCUUUGACGUUCUAUUCUUGCACAAAUCUGAGAGUGGAUAAUUUAGAACUGUUGAACAGCCAACAAAUCCACAUAUCAGUGGAGCAUUGCAGUGAUGUAAGGAUGUCCCACUUGUCAAUCACAGCACCCGGCACUAGCCCCAACACCGACGGCAUCCAUAUCGCCCAUAGCAAGGAUGUCAAAGUCAUGGACUGCGCAAUCAAGACCGGGGACGACUGCAUGUCAAUCGAGGAUGGAACCGAGAACCUACAUGUCAACAACAUCGUGUGUGGACCGGGGCAUGGGAUAAGCAUCGGGAGCUUAGGCGACCGCAACUCUCAAGCCCAAGUUGCAAACAUCACCAUCGACGGGGCGCGACUGCGCGGCACGACGAAUGGGGCUCGUAUCAAGACAUGGCAGGGCGGGCGGGGCUACGCAAAGAACAUCGUGUUCCAGAACAUGAUGAUGGAUAAUGUGCAGAACCCAAUCAUCAUCGACCAGAACUACUGCGACUCGGCUACACCAUGUAAUGAACAGAAAUCGGCCGUGGAGGUGAGCAAUGUGUUGUUUAACAACAUUAGGGGGACAAGUGCCUCAAGAGAGGCUAUCAAGCUCAGUUGCAGUAGAGUUGUGCCUUGCCAUGGGAUAGCCUUGCACAACGUCAGGCUUACUCUGAAGCGAGGAGGUGGUGAUGCAGAGAGCAGCUGUGAGAAUGCAAAAUGGAGGAAAUUGGGGACAGUUAUGCCACAGCCAUGUAGUCUCAACGACUGAAAAUAUAUGGCAAGGAUUUGAGAAUUUUUAGUUGUAUAUGAUGAGCAGGAAGGGUUGCAUGUUUUGAUAGUACGCUUCCUCUGAUUUUCCGAGUGAAGUCUUCCAAUGGAAGGAUUUUGAGUAGAUAAGUGCAAUAGAAGGAUACAUGCCAACACUGAAGUGUACUAGUGAUCGCCGCCGCGCUCUACUCAUUGUUGAAGAGUUGUUCUUUUUGUAUUUUUGAUGAGUAUCCGCUGUGUGGUCUGUUUGUUUUUUUAGUACUGUACGUAUAACGGAGCGGAAGAUAGUAGUGCAUUAAUUACUUUAGUGGUUUUUUUUUGUGGAGAGCAUAAACCCUUUCGAGCAUUUAGCAAAUUUGGGCAGCAUUUCUACUCGAGCUGAAACUGGGAAAUUAUAUGCUUUUUCCAAAAGAAGAAGCAGUACUAUGAGAACCCAAAUCUACAAGUUAAAAUCUUGGCUAUCAAAGAUAUUUGUCAUGACUUCACAAUUGUUGGACUGAAAAUGCAGUCAAGUGGCCAAAAAGUAAAUUAUUCAUAUCCAAAGUACAAACAAGGGACAGUUUUCUUGUUAUAAGCAAAGAUCGAAGGGUACAUUCUGGGCAGAAACCAUACCCUAGUAUACAAGAGCAAUCAGUACAUAGUCAGUUUCGCCGAACCGAUGAGAUGAGUUCUC